UCGCCCGCGUCCGAGGUCCGUAGUUCGCGCGCGAAAACGAUCUCAAAACAAUGGUGUUCUCGUACUAGGGUUGUGUUAUUGUUUAUUGUAGUUUCAAAAAUGGCGGACCAAUCGUUCAAUAUAGCCGAUGACAAUUUGGAGCAGCACAUCAUCACUCUGUUCGAGAAGUUGGAUGGUCUGCGGAAGGAGAGUGCCAGCGAGGCUGCUCUGGCUGGUCGCGUGCCGGCGCGGCUGGAGGUGCGGACGCUGUCCCUGUGGCGAGCUGUGGUUGCAGAGUGCGCUGCUUCCUUCCUCUACGUGUUCAUCGUGUGCGGGGCAGCAGGAGGCGCCGGCGUGGGUGCCUCCGCCUCCGCUGUGCUGCUAGCUACGGCCCUGGCCUCAGGCUGUGCCAUCGCAACCCUCACUCUGUGCUUUGCACACAUAUCGGGGGCACACAUAAACCCGGCGGUGUCUGUGGCGCUGUGCGUGCGGCGUCGCGUGUCCCCGCUGCGCGCUGGCCUCUACGUCGCGGCGCAGUGCGGCGGCGGCAUCGCCGGUGCUGCGGCGGUCUAUGGUUUCAGCGUGCCGGGGCACGCGGGCGGGCUGGGCGCGGCACUGGUGGUGGGCGCGGCGUGGGAGCGGCUGGGCGCCGAGCUGGUGCUGGGCGGGCUGGUCGCGGCCGCCCACUUCGCCGCCAUGGAGCGCCGCGCGGCUGGCUCCGCGCCCGCCCUGCUGGGUGCUGCGUAUGCUGCCGCUAGCUUUGUCUCGAUGCCGUCGCUGAAUCCCGCGCGCGCGCUGGGCCCGUCCUUCGUGUUGUCUCGCUGGGAGGGUCACUGGGUCUCCUGGGUGGGCGCGGUAGGGGGCAGCGUGGCGUGCGCGGUGCUCCACGAGUGGGGGGGCCGGGGGCGCGCUCCUCCCUCCCGCGCCUCGUCCCCCCGGGAGGACGAGGACAAGUUCCAGUACCGCGCGACGUACUGCACGGCGCCGCGGCCGGAUGCUGCCGAGCCGCUGUACUCGGGCAGCAAGUCGCUGUACUGUCGCUCGCCGCCGCCCGCGCGACAGCUGCACAGAUCGCAGUCAGUAUACAGCAAGAGCAGCAGUUCUCAGCCGAGCGGGUCGCUGGCGGCGGCGCAGUCGCUGCUGCUGCGGCCGCCGCUGCAGCACCCGCACGCGCUCAACCAAAACGCGCACAACGCGCAGCGCGACCCCGUGUAUGGUACUAGUGCGGGCGGCGUGCGACCCGGACCUGCAGGCGCAGCAGUAUCAGAGCGGCGCGAGAGCGUGUACAGCGCGGGGGCGCGGCGCGGGCCGCUGCCGUCCGACGACAGCGCGUACGGCAGCUACGCGCCGCCGCCGCAGCGGUACCGCACCGCGCUGCCGCACGCGCACGCGCACGAACACUACUAGCGCCGCGCCUCGCAGCACAAUAUUGCGCUGCUAUUUGACGUUUGAACGUUUUUUAAUCUGUGCGUAGUGCGCUGCUCUCCAACGUUUGAACGUUUGUUACUCUGUGCAGUGACGUCAUACUCGACGGUGCGGCUUUGUGACGUAUGAAUUCUGCUAGGACCGCGUUACGCUAAACAGAACAAUGUGAAUUUCGACGACUGCGGCUUUGUGACGUCAUAGUCACAGACAUUCUCCUGUGGCCGAGUUAUGCAAAACUAAACCACGUGAGUCUAAAGACUAGAGUUUAGGCUUUCGAUUGAGUGUUUAAAGAAUAUAUUCCAAUAAUGUUUUUGUCGUUCGAUGGACUGUAAACCUAAUGAAUUGUAUUCGAGACUGACUUUUAUUUUACCGUUUACCAAAGGCUAACUAUAAGUUGGUACCGACUUCUAACGUUCCAUGUAUGUAUUUCCUAAACUAUUGAUACUUGUAAAUUUAAAGUUGUAGGAUACUUAUAUCAUACAUAAUCGCUAUAUUGUGACUAUUUAUAAGUUUUAACUUAAUGACAAGAUUUUAUCGACAUUGUUAACAAAUAA